AUGGACAGCCAGGGACAGCCAGGGACAGCAACAGCCAUGGACAGCAGCAGCCAGGGACAGCCAGGGACAGCAGCAGCCAUGGACAGCCAGGGACAGCCAGGGACAGCAACAGCCAUGGACAGCAGCAGCCAGGGACAGCCAGGGACAGCAGCAGCCAGGGACAGCAGCAGCCAGGGACAGCAGCAGCCAGGGACAGCCAGGGACAGCAGCAGCCAUGGACAGCCAGGGACAGCCAGAGACAGCAGCAGCAAGGGACAGCCAGGGACAGCAGCAGCCAUGGACAGCCAGGGACAGCCAGGGACAUCAGCAGCCAGGGACAGCCAGGGACAUCAGUAG